CCCUUCAGACGCAUAUUCUUGAAGUAACAUAAUUGAGUUUGGAUCAUGUGGACUUUGUUCUACCAGCCCAUAGGUACAAAAUAUGUGUGAAUGAGGGCUUAAUUCAACAUAAAAGAAAGCUUUACGAUGGGCGCGCGCACCAAUGAAUUUUAAUAAAACAACUUUUGACCCUGCUGGUUUCGAUAGCCACUCAGCUUCAAGCACCAUUUCCCCAGUGGUUGGAAAUAGUAUAUGCUUACUUUUCUUCGUAUCAACACCUUAUUUAAACCGAUAAUUUUUCUGUCGAAUUUUAUUUUCUAACUCUGUGGCCAUUUGCUUAAUUUCAUUGUUUGGGCACAAAGUAUCUUUGAAUAAAUGCUUAUAUGUUAUUGGGUUUAUAUGAUUUUCAUUUAUCUAUUUGACAAUAGCUGAUUCUUCAUAUGUAUAAUCAUCUUCUGCUUUGACUGAAUUGUGAAACAGCUCGUGCAUAAGAGGACAAACUAACGAUUGUGCUAGAGGCGUGAUUGUGGUAUUCGUAGUCACGGUUUAAUCUAAAAGUUGAUAGCUUUAUGAGUUGAUACAGUAGUGUUUGCCUCGAAUAGUUCACAUACAAGCUUGCAAUGUAUGGUGCUGAGCAAAAGUAACUGUCUUUCUAGACUUGGGUGUGGAUAUGUGUGAGUAUGGGUGUAUUCAGGAUACUGAAGAAGCUCCACACCCACACCCACAUCCACACUCAUCUUUUAAUGGAAGUAUAUGUGAAUACAUCAAUCUUUCUGAAAAUGAUGGAUUAAUGGAUUUCUUACAACAAUAGGAACUUUCGAUGCAUAAAUAAAGACAAAUUUCCGUUGGUCUACAACAGAGAUGUCCAUCAUUGCUGGAAAUCUACCACUGUCAUAAUGGUUUUGAGGAUGUCCUUUGAAAAUCUCUUCCAUCGCGGUACUAAAUUAGCGCAACUAGAUCGAACCCAUCAAAUUUGCCACGGUUCCUGCCUGUCGAACUUGUAGACACUUAAAUCAGGUGCAAAUUCAUCUAGUUUAACAAUCUCCACAAGAAUUUAGCUGUCGCUGCUGCUAUACUAUUUUGAAAUAUUUCCUGCGCCGCGAUAGACAUCUCUGGUCUAUAGUACUUCUCAAAAUCAUAAGAAUAAGAUAUCGCUGACUCUAUUCUUUAAUGCCGAAUACCUAACUCAAAUUGAAAUAGUAAUUUGGAUAGUCAAUAUAGUUUUCUAUCAGAUAUAUUAUAUAUAAAGAAUUUAUAGUUGUACUACAUGGAGAAGUUUUCUAAAAACCAAACGAUGUAGUUUCCAGGUCAUAGAACACAUUGUAGAAAUUCGUUUUCAAAAGUAUUAUUGCAACGAACAUAAAACUCUAAGCAAUAUGAAUGAUCGCCGCGUUUUUUAUGACCUUCCCUUAACAAAGGUACAAGCGUUUCACACUACUAAAUUUAGAUAAAUUUUGCUUUGUUUUGUGUUUUGUAAUGUUUGUAACUUUAUAAAGAAAUGUCCUAAAAUCACGGUAAUUCCUCAUAUUAAUUUAUUCGAUCUUUUUAGUAAACUUUCCGGCAUAGUGCAACUUAUAGAGAACCUUAUUGGCUUUUCGAAACACUAUUUUGACUUAAGCCAGAUACUUAAGAAUACCUUGUCUUAUAAUGUUGAGCAAUCUUCUAUAUAAAGUCUGUGCUUCGCAUUGCAUUUAUUUUAAUAAUUAGAAAACUUGACUUUUUUCUUACUUGGUAGAAGAAGCUUUCACAUAUUUCAAAUGCCAGCUAAAUUUCGAAAAAUGAAUAAGUGCAAAAUUGCCUAUUCAUUAUAUAGAACAAUUGUAAAAUUUAUGAUUUAUAAUAUACUGCACUCUAUUGACUAUCCAAAACUAUUGGUACGCGUCAUUUUAAUCGUAUGAAUCAUCGAUUAAACUCAUUACUUACUUGUUGUUUUUGAUUUUUUCGCAUUUGAUAAAACAUGAAAAAGCUAUUCAUUAUUUAUUUUUUAAUUCUUAGUCUUUCAACAGUAGCUCAACAAUCUGAAAAUUCAGAAGAUACAGAAGAAUUUAUUCCAACAAACGAAUGGAAAACAGUCAAAGAAGGACAAAAAAUUCCACCUGGUCUUCAUGUUCGAUUAAAUCUCGAGACCGGUCUUCGAGAAGCUAAACUUCUUGAUAAUAAUGAACAACAAUCAUCAUCCAAUAGCAUUAUUCCUGUUUCAUCCGAAACAACUACAGAAGAAAUAAGCCGACAUAAUCUUGAACAAGCAUUUGCAAAUCUUGAUUUAAGUAAAGAUGAUGUUGAAACCGAUAAAACACAUGAAGAAGAAAUACGUAAACGAUUUCGAUCAUAUGAAGAAUUAAAAAAGGAUUUCGAAUCAAUCAAUAUGAAAAUUCAAACAGAUCAAGAAAUUUUAAUUGAUCUUAUUGAUCAGUUAAAUAAAACUGAUAAUAAUGAUAAUAGAAAAACAAUUCUUACAGAUCUUGAAUAUUAUCUUCAUCAAUAUGAUAAUGCAAUACUCUUUUCUGAUCUCAAUGGCCUUGAUUUACUUAUUGAUCUAGUUAAUUCAACAAAUACGGCUGCUGAAAUUCGUAAUUUAGCCAAUCUUGCAUUAGGUGCAGCUUUUCAAGGAAAUCCUAAAGUUCAAUUAAAAGCAUUACAACGUGGUUUUAUUCAACAUCUUUUGCGUUUAUUAAAUACAGAAUCAGACGAUAAUAUUAUUCUUCGUCUUCUUUUUACAUUAUCAACUUUAUUAAGAAGUUUUCCACCAGCUCAAAAGAAUUUUCUUGAACAUGGUGGAGCAGAAUUAAUGGUUAAAAUUCUUGAUCAAACAAAUCAAAAUAAUAAAAUAGCAGUACGAGCUCUUACACUUAUGGAUGAUCUAAUUAUUGAAAAAGAUCAAGCUUUGGAUAAUAAACAAGAGGCAUAUAAAAAGUAA